ACGAAAAUGGCGACUGAGUAGUAUCGUUCACACUGUACAGGAACUUCUUCGUUAGAAUUAGUCGCCAUGCCUGUUCAAGCCUAUAACAUUCCAUUAGUAUUACCGAGUCUACGAAGAGAAGAAUCGAUUAACCAAAUAGUGGACUCGUUGGAAUAUUUAGAGAGGGUGUCUAAAGAUAUAUUCACCCGAAUCAGCAAUCGAGUUGCGGAAAACAAGAAACGGUUGGAGGCUAUAAAUUAUCGCGCUGAUUUAGCACAGGCCAGAAUCGAUAAAAUCAAAGGGAUCAAGAAAGCUACAAGAGUGUUCUCGAGCGCGAAGUACCCAGCCCCGGAGAAACUUGAGCCUUACGAAACGCUGUAUUCUGAAGAAAAUGAACUGUGCGAGAUAAAACGUCAAACUUACAACCUGAAUUCGAAGUUUACCCCAGUUGAUGAACGAACAUUAAAGGAUAAACUGCAGUUCUACAACGUGCACUUGAAUGUUAAGAAGAGACAAGACGAAAUGAAAGGGGAAGGACUGGGUUCCCUUCCGAGGAAUCUUCAUUCCGUCAGUUCGUUGUUGCUUUUCAAUACCACAGAAAAUCCAUACAAGAAGUAUGUCAUGUUAGAUCCGCUUGCAGGGGCAGUUACUAAAACACGAGCCAACAUUGAAGAAGAGGAGGAAGACAUCGGAGCAGCACCUAUUUCCAUCACUCAAGGAGAAGCGCUCGACAGAUUGACAGCGCAAAAUUAUUUCUAUGUUCCAAACUUGGGAGAUGUACCGGAGAUUGAUGUUCCUGUGUACCUGCCUGAUCUUCCCGGGAUUGCAGAUGACCUUUCUUACAAGUACUUCGUUUUGACUUUUGCUUACUUUUGCAUGUAUUUAUUAAUUUCGGUAGUUAGGUAUUUAGUUAGUCAAUUUUUUGUUUAUUGGCAGAUACCAGGUUCAGCACCACCUCCUCCUCCUCCUCCUCCUCCCCCCCCAGUAGAUGAGUCUCAAGGAGCUCUUCCCACUGAUGUCCCUGCAGCAGUUGCCUCGGAUGGAAGGGCCUCUUUGAUGGAAUCCAUUCGCAAAGCAGGUGGCAAGGGCAAUGCUAAAUUACGUAACGUCAAGGAGAGGAAACUGAAGAAGAAAGCGGAGAAAGAGCAGUCAGCUGUCAGUGGGGGGGGAGGAGGCGAUCUCAUGGGUGAUCUGUUUGCCAAGUUGUCCAUGCGUCGAAAGGGUAUCUCUGGUUCUAAAGGUGAAUCCGGUGGAUCAUCUGAAGCAUCCACAGGUGGAGGCUCUGCAAUGGACAGAAUCUCAGCAAUGAUUCCAGCUCCUCCCAAGAGUGAUCACAUAGAUUCUUUGCAUUCAGGGGGAAGUGAUGAUUGGGAUUAAUCAGUCAGUAAUUAUCAUUAUUAGCCUGAUGAUAAUUAUCUUGCAUACCCUCUCAAUCUGAUUGCACUCUAUGUCCUUUAGAUUUUAAACUGAAAAUAACAAAUACUGCAAGAAGAGGAUUUUUGCAAGAGAGCAGCUAGAAUUUAGAGUGAUUUUCUUUAAUUUUUUUAUGGUGUAGUGUCAUAUCACAGACUAGAAAUUAAACUUUUUCAAUUUGAUCCUUGUAAAAAGCAAAAUUUUAACUGUUGCUUAAAUGAUAAUGAAGUAUGAGGUGAGGAUAGAUUGUUCCUGCUAACAGAGACUAACAAAAUACAGGUUGUUUAAGAAACAGCUGCUUCCUGUUUUUCUUCACCUGGCAUGAGCAAUUUUGGGCAAACAUGUUUUUCACUCAUGGCUAAUGAAAAAUUGACGGGUACAGGCUAAAUGAAAAGAGAAGACUUCCUCGGGUCAUUCUCAAGUAUUGCGCUGCAAAUUAUUCUAUGAGAAAUAAGCAUGCACUAAUAAGUGACUCCUCCUUCUAGUGGCUAGGGUUUGUCCAAGAAGCAACUUUUUUUUUCUUGCAGUCAGUAACCCACCUCUUACAGCUGUACAUAUUAAAUUAAGCAAAGUUCCUUCUGUGAAAUUAAGAGUGCAGAAUUAUUCCCAGGGCAAUUGGUUCUAUCAACUAAGUUGAAAAUAUAAAUUGGCCACCAUAACGAAUAAAAAAGCUGACGUUUCGAGCGUUAGCCCUUCGUCAGAGGGAAUAAAUAAAAUGGUUAACUGUUCAAUGCAGUCUGACCAGAGUCCCUUACAAAGUGUUGUAAAGAGCCAGGAGCUAAAGGACAUGGCACUAUAGAAAUUCUCAUUAUUAUUGUGUUGUAUGCUCUGAUGCAGUGUGGGGUUAUGAUAAAUUCAUAAAGAGAAUUCUAGUAGUAAUCUGUAACAAGCUGUUUCUCCAUACUAGAAACAGUUUUGUAGUUACCUCAUUUUGUAAUUUAGUUUUCAAGGCUUGCAACAUGUUUGAGACUGCUCUGUCAAAUACAAAACAAAACAUCCCAACUGAAAACUGCGUAUGAACAUAAGAUAUUACUCUGAAGAAAUACUUUCUCAUACAGAGUGACCCUUUUAGUUCAAGACAAGCCAACUGCUGUGUAUGUCUGCCCAAGAAUUUCUGGUGAGAUCAAUUCCUCUAUCUCUAGAAUUAAGAUAGACUUGCACUUCCAAACAUAUUUCACUGUAUAAUGGAAAUUGCAGGAAAUGUUUAUUAAUUGAUUUGAGCUCAUUGCAUCAAACCAGCAGGUGCUGUUAUAGGUGCAAUGUUUAAAUUCAACAUCCUGUGCAUAACUAAAAAGUGAAACAUGGUAAUUUUGCAAAAUAACCACUCAAGUGAACUAAAAAAUUUAUCAACCUCAACAUGAACUGUUGACAUUCAUCAAAUUAGUUUAGUUUUGCAGGAAAGGAUAAAUUUGACCUUUGAAAAAUAUCGAGGAGAAUUUGAGGGUAGUUACUUUUCUUCCUUUAACCAUUAAAACACUUUCAGCAAUGUUUUCACGUCUACUUGACACUAACCGAAAACAUACUUUGGAUAAAGAGUAAUGAACAAAGUUAUCUCGUCUUAGGUUGCCUAAUAAUUAACAAAGAUUUAGGUAAAAACGCCGUAUCGGACAAGUAUUUGAUGUAAAUGUGUAAAACUACUUCCAAAAGUCCAUGUUAACUUUCAAAUCACUAGAACUGACGGCGGAGGAAAAAACAGGACACUUGGUUAACACCUCUGCAUGGAAGAAAUGAUGGAGGACGUUCUGCACUAUUCAAGUCUAGACAAAUCACAUCGCCAUUGUUCUGUUGUAAUAAUUUCAGAGCAUCUGAGAAAACUAAAACUGACCUGAAUAACUUUGAAAUUAAAACAGAUGUACAGCUA